GGUUCCUAGUCGGAUUGGUUAACCACUGCGCCAUAAAUUACUUCAUCCUCCAUGUCUGAGUAUCAGACUAUGUUGGGACCCAUAUUUCUGAAAUAUUCAGAAGCUUAUUCAAAGUUUCAGGGAAUGGAAUAUUAGGAAAUUAAAACCAAAGAUACAAACUGCAUUUUUCAAGUCAUCGGUUGCUAUGCCUUUUGGAGGGAUGGGACAAUAUGGAGGGAUUUCCCCAACCUUCCGUGGGACAGAACAAGAAUAUAUGAUUGAUGAGACCAUAAGCGCUGAAAUGAUCUUUGGUUUGGCCAGUAACCCUAGGACUAUAAAAAGGUGGGCCACAAACCCAAGCCUUCAUGAAUAACCUACACCAGCACAACUUUCUUCUUCCUUUUGGAUCAGAGGGCAUCUCUUCCCCAUAUGGGCCCCCAACUCUGUAAGACAGGUUACUGUCUUCACGGCUGCCUGAUUAUCGGUGUCUCAGUCUCACCCUGCCCUCACCGGGAGGAAAAGGCAAUACACCACCUCCAGCGACCUCAGCCAGACGUUUAGGCACCGGGGAACCCAUGGAUGUUGGAUGUGAAGGAAGCGCCUCAGAAAUAAAAAGCCAGAGAGGCCAACUGCCAGGGACAGCAGUAGGUAAAGGGAGAGGAGAGCUUAAAGAGGUAGGUGGGAAGGCAUUUUAUUCCUCUUCCAUAUUUUCCUUCGGCUUGCUGAGCUUGCACAGGGAAAUCUAUAGCUUCUCCAGACUGCGGACCCCACCCAAGAAUCUAGGGACAAGUGGCGCACGGCCAGCCUUUACCCCCGAUGCCCAACGGGCCACUCUGAUGAGCCCAGCGCAGCCACUGAAGCCUCAAAAGCCAACAAGUAGGGUAGGAGUGGGUGGAGAUGGGGGCGGGACGACGCCAGCUGCCUGAGCACUGAUUGGCUGGUGGUGCUCGUCGCCUGGUGCCAUUUGUUGUUGAAGCAGCGCACCUGACGUAGUCAGCGUCCUGCACGUGCAGCCGUUUAAGCGGCGUCAGAGCCUGCGAGGACCCAGGAGAGCAAGCCGAGGAGAGAACUGGAAGCCACCAUGGGAGAUGAAGAUUGGGAAGCAGAAAUAAUCAAACCUCAUAUGUCUUCCUAUGUUCCCGUAUUUGAGAAGGAUAGGUAUUCUUCUGGAGCAAAUGGAGACACUUAUAAUAGGACUCCAGCUUCAUCAUCAGAAAUGGAUGAUGGAUCUUCUCGAAGAGAUCACUUCAUGAGAAGUGGCUUUGCCUCUGGGAGGAGUUUGGGAAACCGGGAUCCUGGCGAAUCUAAUAAAAGAGAGAAUACAUCCACAAUGGGUGGUUUUGGUGUUGGAAAGAGUUUUGGAAACAGAGGUUUUUCAAAUAACAAGUUUGAAGAAGGUGAUAGCUCUGGUUUCUGGAGAGAGUCUAAUAAUGACUGUGAAGAUAAUCAGACACGGAACAGAGGUUUUUCCAAGAGAGGCGUGACCAACCUCACUAAACUUAAUGGCUUUCAAGAUGGAAAUGAUUCAGAAGCCUCAGUGUCGUCCAGAAGAGGUGGAAGAGGUAGUUUCCGAGGUUGCCGUGGACGAUUUGGUCUAGGAAGUCCAAAUAGCGAAUAUGAACAAGAUGAGGGGACCCAUCGUACUGGUGGCUUUUUUGGUUCUAGAAGAUCAGCAUUAAGUGGUGCAGGUAAUGGUGACACUUACCAAAGCAGAAGUGGUAGUGGAAGUGGACGAGGUGGUUACAAAGGUCUAAAUGAAGAAGUAAUUACAGGCUCUGGAAAGAAUUCUUGGAAGUCAGAAGCUGAAGGAGGAGAAAGUGGUGACAUUCAAGGACCAAAAGUAACCUACAUACCACCUCCUCCCCCUGAGGAUGAGGACUCCAUCUUUGCACAUUAUCAGACAGGCAUAAACUUUGACAAAUAUGAUACUAUUCUUGUAGAAGUAUCUGGACAUGAGGCACCGCCAGCAAUUCUGACUUUUGAAGAAGCUAAUCUCUGUCAGACACUGAAUAGCAACAUUGCUAAAGCUGGUUAUACUAAGCUUACUCCUGUACAGAAGUACAGUAUUCCUAUUAUACUAGGAGGACGAGAUUUGAUGGCUUGCGCUCAGACAGGGUCUGGAAAGACUGCAGCCUUUCUCUUGCCAAUUUUGGCUCAUAUGAUGCGUGAUGGAAUAACUGCCAGUCGUUUUAAAGAGCUGCAGGAACCAGAGUGUAUUAUUGUAGCACCAACUCGAGAAUUGAUCAAUCAGAUCUAUUUGGAAGCCAGAAAAUUUUCUUUUGGGACUUGUGUAAGAGCUGUUGUUAUAUAUGGGGGAACCCAGUUGGGGCAUUCAAUUCGACAAAUAGUACAAGGCUGUAAUAUAUUAUGUGCUACUCCUGGGAGACUGAUGGAUAUCAUAGGUAAAGAAAAGAUUGGUCUCAGACAAGUCAAAUAUUUAGUUUUGGAUGAAGCUGAUCGCAUGCUGGAUAUGGGUUUUGGACCAGAAAUGAAGAAGUUAAUUUCCUGCCCAGGAAUGCCAUCAAAGGAACAACGUCAAACACUUAUGUUUAGUGCAACUUUUCCAGAAGAAAUUCAAAGGUUGGCUGGGGAGUUUUUAAAAUCGAAUUAUUUGUUUGUUGCUGUUGGACAAGUGGGCGGAGCAUGUAGAGAUGUUCAGCAGACCAUUCUCCAAGUUGGCCAGUACUCAAAAAGAGAAAAACUUGUUGAAAUUCUACGAAACAUAGGUGAUGAAAGAACUAUGGUCUUUGUAGAAACUAAGAAAAAAGCAGAUUUUAUUGCCACUUUUCUUUGUCAAGAAAAAAUAUCAACAACCAGUAUUCAUGGUGAUCGAGAACAGAGAGAGAGAGAGCAAGCUCUUGGAGAUUUUCGCUGUGGGAAGUGUCCAGUUCUUGUUGCUACUUCAGUAGCUGCCCGAGGGCUGGAUAUUGAAAAUGUUCAGCAUGUUAUCAAUUUUGAUCUUCCUUCCACCAUCGAUGAAUAUGUUCAUCGAAUUGGGCGUACGGGUCGCUGUGGAAAUACUGGCAGAGCUAUUUCCUUUUUUGAUCCUGAAUCAGAUAGCCAUUUAGCACAGCCACUAGUGAAAGUACUAUCAGAUGCUCAACAGGAUGUUCCUGCGUGGUUAGAAGAAAUUGCAUUUAGUACCUAUGUUCCUGGCUUCAGUGGUAGUUCAAGAGGAAAUGUGUUUGCAUCAGUUGAUACUAGAAAGAAUUACCAGGGCAAGAGCUCUUUGAACACAGCAGGGUUUUCUUCUUCACAAGCUCCCAAUCCAGUAGAUGAUGAGUCAUGGGAUUAAAGCUAAAACAACCUUCAAGUUUGUGGCAGUUUUGAUGCAGAGAAGAAAAUAGUUUUGAUUUUUGAGUUUUUAGCAGGAGUGUGAAAUCUGACACUCUUGUAUCUCCUGUCCUUCUGUUCUUACUCCUACCCUUAAAAAAAUGCUUACUGACUAGUUAUGUGAAAUGCUAAAAGUUACAACGUUGCAGUUACUGAUACAAGUGGUGUUAACUGGAAAGAUUAAAGCAUUCUAAAUGUC